AUGGCGAAUCGCAGGUUAUUUUUAUUCCUGAUAUUGAUGUUGCUUAGCUUUCAAACCCUUUUAACUACAGCACAUGAAGAUCCAUCUUACAAGGAAGUACAAGUGGGAGUGCUUCUUGACAUGGAAUCAUGGGUAGGGAAGAUCGUUUAUGGUUGCAUUACCCAGGCUAUCUCUGACUUUUACACCGAAAAUCCUCACUAUAGAACAAGGUUAGUUUUUACGAAGAGGGAUACUCAAGGAGAAACACUGCGUGCGUUGUCUGCUGCGCUGGAUCUUUUGGAAAAUAGUAAAGUGAAAGCGAUAAUAGGUCCAGAAUCAACAGCCCAAGCAAGAUUCUUGGAGAAUCCUUACUUUCUUCGAAUUGCAGAAGAUGAAACCACUCAGUUCAAAGGCAUUGCUGGCAUGGUUGAAUCAUUUGAGGCCAAGAAUGUGAUUGUUAUCUGUGAGGACACUACAGAUGGAAGAGAAAUGGCUGCUUAUAUGUUUAGUGCAUUUCAAGAGAAACGCAUACAAGUUAAGCAUACUAGCCUAAUUUCGACCUCUGCCAGCAAAGAACAAGUCGAGGAAGACCUUCACAAGCUUCAAACCAUGGAAACCAUGGUGUUUGUCGUCCACACACAGCCUUCUCUAACAGCCCAUCUUUUUUCCAGGGCAAAAGAGUUGGGCAUGAUGGGUGAAGGAUACAUGUGGAUCAUAACAAGUAAGACUACCAACUUGUUGAAUUCCAUGGAUGCUGAAGCAAUCAAAUCGAUGCAGGGGGCUGUGGGUUUCAGAUCGUAUUUUCCAGCAUCAAGAAAGCUUUACAACUUUGCUUCAAAAUGGAGGGAGGAACAUUAUGCUUUAAACCCUUUUAAGGAGUUUAAGGAGUUGGAUAUCGUUGGCACAUCACUUUUGGAUGAGAUGUUAAGACUCAACUUCCAAAGUUUAGGUGGUGAAUUCAAGCUUCUGAAUGGGAGAACCAUCUCCAAAGCCAUGGAAGUUGUAAAUGUGAUUGGUAAGGGUGAUAGGAGGGUUGGAUUCUGGAUGAUGGCUAAUGGUGGUGAGUUUGUGAAGGAAAUUGGAAAAUCAAAUUCUUUUUCUAAUCAUGGCCUGGAAAGUAUCAUAUGGCCGGGCGGGUCUGAAACUUCACCAAAGUAA